AUGAACGCGACCAAUGCCCACACCGACAUCAAGCCGCUGGUGCGCAAGCUCCUUGACCGAGACCCGGUGCAUUUCAACGCCGCCGUCAACGCCCACUUUGCUCCGGACGCCACCUACGAGGGUCGCAGCCUCAAGAUCCACGGCGCCAGCCAGCUCAAGCGCACCGCCUUGCUCUUCAACACGCUCGACCUCGGCAGCGCUGCCACGCUCACCGACGACGACAUUCGAUGGGACGCCGCAGGCUCGACCGCCAUCGUCAAGGCGACGCGCAACGUCCGUCCGCUUGCCUUUCCGCUUUUCGAGUUUGCCGUGCCCACCAGGAUCACGCUCACCUUCCUUGCCGACGACGAUGCCAAGGGUGCGCUUCACUGCACGCACUGGCACGACGAGUGGCCGCUCGAGUCGCUCGUCACCCGGCUGCCGCUCCUCGGCAACCUGUACAGCCUGCUCAUUGUGCCCCUCCUCACCGCCGUGUUCGUCUGGGCCAGCAAUGUCGCCUUUUGGCUCCACUCGAAGCGCUCCACGGUCCAGCACCGACAUGUCCACCGAGCCUCACACGCCUACCGCCAGCAGGUCAAGCCGCACCUGCCCCGCAGCCUCGUGCAGGGCUUCCAUGCAGGCGUGAAUGCUGCCGAGAACGUCGGUGAGCGUGCGGCCGGUCUGUUCUCGCGCGUCUCAUACGGCCCGCUCAGGGCAGUCGAGGAGCUUGCACGCACCGUGACCGUGGUGGCCAACCUCGCGCUGCCUGAAAAGCUGCAGCUGCCCUACCCGUCGGUGUUUGCCCGACAUGCCCAGCCGGCCAGCUCCGGCGCGCUUGCAGUCGAAAAGACCGAGGCUUCGAACGACAAGGACGAGGCCAAGAACGAGGCCAAGGACGAGGCCAAGAACGAGGCCAAGGACGAAGCCAAGCCCGAUGCUGCGGCUGCACGCUCGGACAAGGCCCCCGUGCCGCCCUCGCCGCGCAACAAAGUGUCGGGUUCGCCGCACGUCCAAGACUCCGGCGCGGCCGAGCAGGCUGAACAGGCCGAGCAGGCUGAGCAGGCAGACAAGGCCGACGAGGACGCUUCUGCGGGCCACGCCAAGGUGGUGGUGGGCACGGGUGCCGAGGCGCGCGAGAUCGACGUGGUGACGCACGUGGUCACCGAGCACGCGCGCGCCACCGAAUCGGCGCAGCAGUCGCUGUACGACGUGCUCAAGAAGGACAACGAGCUGCCGCACGCCUCGGCCGACAAGGCCAGCGCCGGUGGCAAGAAGAACGGCGGCGGAAAGAAGAAGAAGAACGGCGGUCGAAAGUAG